AUGGCCUCGCAACACGUUGUCGGCGACUCGCCGUUUCUCAAGCGCGUGCUGAUCCCCUUCUGGGUCAUCCGCAUUAUCAUAAUGCUUAUCUACGCCGCCGUCUACGUCGCAGCGCUCGCUAUCUACAGCACCCACAGCGACGAGGUCAACGACGCUCUCGAGGAUGAGGGCUAUGAACCGCUCUCUUCCGGCCCCGUCGUUGCCGUUAUGAUUGUCGUCUUGGUCAUCGUGCUGGUUUGUCUUAUGCUUGAUGUUCUUUGUAUCAUCAAGCGCUCCAGGAGGACCCUCAGCCCGCGCUUCUUCCUCAUCACCAAUGUUAUUCAGACCACCGUCUGGGUCGUGCUUAUGGGCCUGUCUCUGGCUGGCUCAGUCGCCUCCGUGGCCAACAUUAUCAUCCCUAUUAUCAUCCUUGCUUCCUUCAUUGGCCUCCUCAUCUACGCCAGCGUCAUUUUCCACAAGUUGCGAAAGGGAACGCUGAACACUAGGAGCGCGCCCGCGGGAGCCGGCAUGGAGCCUUACAGCCAGCCCACUGCGUACCCGAGCUACGACAACCAGCCGAAGGCCUCGUACGACCCCGGUGAUGCCCCUGGUAACUAUAACAUGGACAACUACCGCCAGGCCUGA